AGGAAUUACGAGAAAACAUAAAUUAAAGUCGAAAUUGAAGUCGAGGCAUUAUUGACAAGAACGGUUUGUUUGUAUUCUCGCCGGCUGUGGUGGCAACUGUCCUCUCCUCUACUUGACGGUGUUUUCAGGAUGGCUGUGGUGGAGGCUGUAGAGGCGAUGGCUGGCAGGUUCCGUGGCUGCUUGGUGGGAGCCCUCAUGGGAGACUGUCUGGGGGCACCAUUUGAGGGGGAACCAAGAGCCUCCCCCUCUGUGCUUAACUCAUACUUCAGGAGACUAAAUGACCCAGACCUUAAAGUACCAUACAAACAAUACACUGAUGACACAGCAAUGAUGAGAUGCGUGGCCCUUUCUCUUAUUGAAGAGAAAGGAUAUGUUGCUCAAGACAUGGCCAAACGGUUUGUAAAAGAGUUCUAUGCUGAACCAAGACGUGGAUAUGGCAGCAAUGUUGUUGAUGUGUUUGCUGCUCUCCGGGCCACCAAGUUCAGGGAUGUGUAUGCCCCUGCAGCAAUGCAGUUUAAUGGUCGUGGUUCUUACGGAAAUGGAGGUGCUAUGCGGGCUGCUCCCAUUGCUCUUUUUUGCCACAAUUCCACAAUGCAGGAGCUGGUGGACACAGCCAAGGACAUGGCUCUCCUUACACAUGCCAACAGGCUGGGCUACAAUGGAACAGUACUUCAGUGCCUGGCAGUGCAUGAGGCUCUACAGACUCCGAAGAAUGACCUGAAUUGUGUAAAAUUUGUAGAGAAUCUUAUAGAAAAAAUGAAACAAGUGGAGAAGCCUGGAAAGGAUGAUAUCCUGGAUGAGGGAGAAGAACCCUUUGUGUAUGUCAAGAAACUGGAGAGGGUGCUGGGGCUCCUGGAAUGCAAGGACUCUGUUGAUACUGACCAAGUAGAAGAGGAACUGGGAGUGGACAUAUCUGCCCACAAGUCUGUGGCGACUGCCAUCUAUUCUUUUGUAAGAGCCUCUUGUCCCAUCCCCAACAUUGAGACUGAAAAUGAGUUCCAGAGAACUCUACACUAUGCUGUCAGCCUUGGAGGAGACACAGAUACUAUAGCAUCCAUGGCUGGAAGCAUUGCAGGUGCUUAUUAUGGAAUUGAGAAAGUUCCAAAAAAUCUUGAGAGGCAUUGUGAAGCUCUGGCAGAUGCUAUAGAACAGGCUGACCAGCUCCACAAUCUUGUAAAGGCCAGAGCAAGUACAUCUUGAUGCAUGCAUGUAAAUAUAUCUGAGACUGUGUAUAGGUAAGUAAGUAGUUUGAAUUUUUAUCAGUAUUUUGUAAAGAAAAUUCUGAUAUACUUAAUAAAAUUCUGAUAUACUUAAUACUGUUAUUAUGAAUAGUUGACUGCACUGUUCUUCUUGGCUAGCAGCUGUACAUGUGCUUUGUUACCUGUAGUGCAGGGUAACCUUGGCUGCAGUAUUUGUUUGCAUAUUAUAGAUGAAAAUAAUUCUAGCUGUUGAGAAUUGGGUCCAUUUAGCAAUCCUGAUAUUGAAUAAUGAUCACAAAUUAAAAUAUUUAAGAUGCAUUUCUACUUUUAGAGACAAAAUCAGGGUCUUAAAAUAUUUAAGAUGCAUUUCUACUUUUAGAGACAAAAUCAGGGUCUUAACUUGAUUGUACAGUUCAGUUAAUGCAGUGGCCUUUCUAAGUUAUCCAAGUUAAUGUAUCCUUCUGGGAGCUUUUGAAAGAUCCAUGGAUGAUAAAGUAUGUAUAAUACAUUUAAUUUUUGUUUUUAAUAAAAAGUAUGUGAAUAAAAGUAUUGACUAAAAUUAAACUUGGUUCUAAAUUCUUGUUAUAUAGGUGCCAAAUGUAUAAAACAAAAAAUGCCAUAUCAAACCCACAAGGUGUGAGUUUUCUUAAUGAGCUAUACAUAAAUUUUCAAUUUAAUAUAACUUUUUAUAGGACAAUGUUUUUCCUAGGAUUUCUUUCCAAGAUGCAUUUCCCAUGAUGUGCCACAAUAUUUCAACUGAAAAAAUUAAUGUGCCUGUGUUCAUUACUACUGUAUUAAUAAUUCAGCAUUUUGGUAUAUUUUUAGGCAUCAUGCCUACUGGAUCAGUAAGGUCCAUUCUUCAACCACAUGCUGCAUAUAUAUAUUUAAGAAAUCCCUUGUAAAUUAUGUUUUAAUAAAACUUUUCUGCUUUCA